AUGCGCCUCCUGCUGGCGCUUGUGCUGUUUGCUAAGUCGCUGCUGCGGACCACCGGGUGCCUCGCCUCGCGCAUGCUCCGGGAGCACUGGCGAUGGGUGGUGAUUCCGGCGGCCUGGGCGCUCAUGUCGUACCUCAUCCUCGACUACACGAGCUCCCAGGUCGCCGAGAAGCGCUGGGAGUCGCUCGUCAGCAUGUGCCACGAGCGCGCGCGCAUGCUCAAGUACCAGGUCAACGUCAGCAUGAACAGCCUCCAGGCGCUCGCCAUCCUCAUCUCCACCUUCCACCACUCCAAGAACCCCUCCUCUGCCAUCGACCAGAUGACGUUCGCGAGGUACGCGGAGAGGACGGUGUUCGAGCGGCCGCUGACGAGCGGGGUGGCGUACGGGGUGCGGGUCAACUGCACCGAGCGGGAGCAGUUCGAGCGCCAGCAAGGAUGGAGCAUCAAGAAGAUGUACUCCUCCAAGACCAAGAAGCUGUCGCGGGGACCAGGGAACGCCACGGUCGCGGAGGUGCGGGAGCCGGCGGAGGAGUACGCUCCUGUAAUCUUCGCGCAGGACACCUACGAGAACGUCAUCUCCUUCGACUUGCUAUCCGGCGCUGUGAGCACUCUCUCCGCCCCCAGCCCAGCCCCUUCCUCCCCUCCCUUCCCCUCGCAAAGAUUUUAUAUUUUUCAAUAA